AGUGAUUCUAUGUCGCAAACUGAAAAACAGCUUCGUGAACAGCAAGAGCGUGAUAUACGUGAAGAAAAACGAGCCCUGCUGAAGCGGCGUUUGAAGGAUUUUGUGCAGAACGCAGACAGCAAGCGACCAGUCACGUCUUACUUGCAAACGCCGAUACCGCCGCACAGAAAUGGGAAAAAGUGA